GGUGCACCCAGGGCAUGUUUCAUUGUCCAUGGAAUGCGCAAAACAUUUCGGCUCUGGCGUCAGUGCACCUUUGUACGACUGUGUAGACAUGCCGGUGUGCCUUCUACUAUAUAACCUGUCUUGUAUCGUGUAGAUUGAACAGUUGUUUGUUUCGCCACGCUGGUUUUCACUUUGACUUGUAGAGCCUAGCGCGAUGACACUGCAGUGGAGUGCCUUUGCCUGGCUUCUGGACAUUGCAGCAGUGACCUUUCCACGAAUCGAAGCCAAUCAGCCUCAUGGAGUGGAUGCUAUUGAAUGCGCCAGGCAUGCUUGCAUUGAGAUAAUGCUUGUAUGCGGCAAAAGCACGUUGACUGAGCCGCUAGAGUGUAUCUUCGCAGUCUUGACUGCUUGGAAGUUCCACGCGGAUGUCGUACCACAGCAGUUCAUUUCCAAAGCAUUGAAGUCCACGCCUGCUGAAUCUGCUUAUGGUUCUUUGCCUGAGCCUUUGAGCAAGUUGCAAGCAAGGGGCAUCACCCACCACCAGAUUGACUUUGCCUACUUGGUCGAGGUUCUUACUGAACUGAUUUCGCAGAAUAAGGAACAGCUGGGCAAGGACGAUAUGUAUUGGCUGCAGUCUGCGCUUUGCACUGCCACAGAUGCAUGGCUUUGGGUCUUGAAGCACCCAUCUGCCAAAUGAAUGAGCUUUUGGUAUGUAGAAGGCCUGACCACCUCAAUCGCAGAGGUGCGGUGGGGCCAAAGGAGCCUGAGGUUUUGAGAUGAUCAGCGGUUUCCUCCUGGGCCCGGUACGUAGAUGCAUUUCCC